GGGCUGGACCCGGAGUUACAUCAGGAGAUAAACCAAAUGUCAACACAAGAUGCCCUGAAAAAUCAGUCAAACUGGCCUGGAAGCUCGUGACAGCCCGCACUGGUUAAGAAGAAGGGUGAAGUCUAAAGAAGCUAUCUGUUCUCCCAAUGCACCUCUUUAUUUUGUGAGAGUUGCACUUUCUUCAAGUGAAACAGCGCUGGUCUGCGUUACAUGGCACAGGAGGGUUAGAAAUUUGAAGAUAUGGCUGAUCAGGCUUCCACCCUAAAGGUGACAGGAGACACGGCAAGCUGCCCGGAACCGCGUCUUGCAGGGUUUGGGUCAGUCUGCCAGGGAUGUCCUGGCCAAGCUCUGUGUCAGCAAAUAGGAGGUCGAGACCCUGAACAGGAAGUUAUUAACUGCCGCAUGAAUGCCAUCAAACACAAGAUUAUAAUCAUGUCUGGAAAAGGAGGUGUGGGAAAAUCAAGUGUGGCAGCAGGACUCAGCAUGGCUCUGGCCAAACUGAACCACAAGGUAAAAAAAAAGGUGGCCAUCUGUGACCUAGAUAUCUGUGGUCCUAGUAUCCCCAGGUUGCUGAACAUACAGGAGCAAAGAGUAAUUCACACUCCGUAUGGCUGGCAGCCGCUGACCUCUCCUCACAACUCUGUCAAAGUGAUGUCUGUGGGUUCUUUGAUGGGGAACAAGGAUUCGGCUGUGAUUUGGAGGGGUCCCAGAAAGACAGCUAUAAUCAGACGAUUUCUGAAGGACACUUUCUGGGGAAGGCUAGACUUUCUUCUGUUUGAUACCCCACCUGGAAGCAGUGAUGAACAUCUAACAGCAAUCCAGGGCUUGCAGGAAGUGAAGUUAGAUGGGGCUGUUAUUGUCACCAGCCCACAGGCUGUGGCUCUCAGUACUGUAUGCAGGGAGAUCAGCUUCUGCAGGAAGAUGGGGCUGAGAAUUAUAGGUCUGGUGGAAAAUAUGUCUGGAUUUGUAUGUCCAUGCUGUCAGGAGACCACAGAUCUGUUUUCAUCUAGAGGUGCAGAGAGAUUUGCUACAGAACGCAGCAUUCCCUUUCUGGGCAGGAUUCCAGUGGACGUCUCCCUCUCUCAGAGCUGUGAGGAUGGUCAGAGUAUUAUUCAGGAGUUUCAGCAUUCACCAGCGGCUAUUGCACUGAUACAGCUGGCUGAGUGCUUGAUGAAACAGCUGGAAAAGUGACUUGGACAGCGUAGUGGAUUAUAGUUAGCCUGUAACAUUCUUCUGAGUCCUAAGUAACGUUCAGAGAUUAACACAGAGGUGUUCUGUACUAGUACACAUGUUAACGAUUUAAGUUGAAUUAAAUCAACGUAUACAAGGUAA